AUGCCGACGCAGUGCGUCCCCACCGCGGUGAUCGGCGCCGCGUUCUGCGCGAAGCGGUGCUCGAGCGAGGCGCUGGCGAAAUCGCUCGCGUUUUUCCCGCCGGACCCGCCGAGCUAUGAUUUAGAAUGCGCGAACGGCGAGACGCGCGCGCGGUACAACGCCGCGCGCGGAACGCUGCCGGAGGCGCACGCGCGGGCGUUUCAACGCGUCCUGGACGCGUGCGAGGCGACGACGCGCGAGACGACGCGAGGGAAUGAGAUCGUCAUCCUCGCGUGCGAAGCGCCGUCGACGGCGGACGCGGCGUCGGCGACGCGAGAGCGGGUGGGUGGCGUGACGAUCGUGUUCAGUCACGGAAACGCGGUGGACGCGGGCGAGGUGGCGCCGUUCGCGAGGAAGUUGGCGCAACAGUUGGAGUGUCGGGUGGUGACGUACGAUUACUCCGGGUACGGGCGGAGUCGCGGAGAGGCGAGCGUGGCGGACACGCACGCGGAUAUCGACGCCGUGGUGCGUCACGUGCGCGAGCGAUACGGCGUCGAACGACGCGAGAUCAUUCUUUUAGGGCAAUCGAUCGGGAGCGGGCCGACGUGCGCGCACGCGAGCAAGAACCCGGGGUUCGGAGCCGUCGUGCUCGUCUCCCCGCUCCUGAGCGCGCUCAGCGUGGUGAGUUCGCCGAGCGCGUGGUGCACUCCGGCCAAGGUGUUCAAGAGUUUGGACGUGUACAAGAACUAUCAGCACGUCAAGAGCGCGCAGUGCCCAUUUUUGCUCGUACACGGCGAAUUGGACGCGGUCGUGCACGUCUCGCACGGCGAAGCGCUGUGGGCGGCGAUUAAAAAGACGGCGAGACCGGAGGAUUUAGUGCUCGAGCCGUAUUGGAUUCAGGGCGCCGGUCACGACGACACGUACGAUCGAAAUCCGGCUGAGUUCAUUCGACGAUUGCGCGAGGUUUGCGCCCUGGUGCGCGAGCGGUGUAGACAAGUGUAG